UCUCAUAGAUCGAUCAAAACGGUACGGUCUCAGGUUAACUAAAUAACUUGCUCUAUUAAAUUAUUUAUUAAUUGGAUCUGUAGAACGUUAAUCAAAUUAAAUUUAAAAUAGCUGUGAUUUUUCUUGUUCAUAACAAAACUUUUAUAAAAAUGGCGCGUGCAGUGUUUUGCAUGGCCGUCGCUUGCAUUCUAGUGCAAUGCGCGUUCUCUGUUAAAUUAGAUGCAGAGAACCGACGUCUGAUUCUCGACAUUAAAGAUCAGAAAACUACCAAUAAACAGUACUACUCGUCAAACUUUGACACAAGACAUGGUAAAUAUAAUAAUUAUGAUGAUGGUAGAUAUAAAGGAAUACAAGAGGGUAAAUACUAUCAUGAUGAUUCUGGAAAAUAUGUUCAUAUUGAAGGUCCAACUGGUCCCCCAGCACCACCCUAUGUGCACAUUGUAGGACCCAAUGGCGGUUAUGGCGGUGAAGGCGGUGAUGGCGGUUUCGGAGGCGAUGGCAACGGUGGCGGUGUAGGACCCGGCGGCCCCAAUGGCCCCAACGGACCCGGUGGACCCAAAGGACCUGGUGGCCCUAACGGACCUCCCGGACCCCCUGGACCACCCGGACCUCCUGGACCUUUAGGACCAACAGCUCCCGGACCAAAAGGACCCAAGGGACCUAAAGGACCUCCUGGACCACCCGGACCAACAGCUCCAGGACCCAAGGGACCUUAUGGCUAUCCUGGACCAAAUGCUCCUGGACCUAAGGGACCUCCCGGACCUCCAGGUCCAACUGCUCCAGGACCCAAGGGACCUUAUGGUCCAGCUGCUCCCGGCCCUUACGGACCAGUAGGUCCUAACGCUCCUGGUCCUUAUGGUCCAUCUGGUGGUACUCAUGCUGGUCCACCCGGACCCCCCGGACCCGAUCGUCCAGGUCCACCCGGUCCUCCCGGCCCCAAUCGUCCAGGCCCACCUUACCCUGGCCGUGAACAACCCACAAGAGCAACAAAGAAACCUAAAGAUCCCAGAGAAUCCGAUUUGUCUGUGCCUGGUUACUUGCCUCCUCAUCAGAAAAAUGGUAAAAUAAAUCAAAUUAAUAACACUAAUUCAUACCAAGUAGAUAGAGUUCCACCAACGAAUACCAAUACCAAUACGCAGACGUCUUUUGUGUCCAAUUAUCAUCCAAAUAAUGACUACACACAAAAGAAGGUCACCACAACAACUACCACUUCCACAACUUCCACAAACACAAUCAAUAGCAAUAAGAAUAAUUUUAAUAAUUAUAAUAAUAAUGAUAAAACUGUUAAUACUAAACUAACAUAUAUUCCUCCUUCUUCUUCCUCCCCCACUCCCAAACCCCAACCACCAAACACCCAACAACAACAACAAAAAAUCCCACCCAACACAUAUAUUCUCACAAACACCGGCAACCUCCAGGUCCAGGAUAUCACUACUGAGAAGGACAAGCCACAAACGACCUACACCACAACGACGACAACUAAUCAAAAUUAUGGUAAUAAUAAAUCAGAUUUCAAUAAAGAGAAGACAGUUGUGACGACCCAAACGAAUAAAAAUACUAAUACGAACAUCAACACCAACACAAAUACCAACACUUACACUAGACCUCAGGUAGUUGAAAAGAUAACGACGACAAAUACAUACACUAGACCUCAGGAAGUGGAAAAAGUAACCACGACCACGACCAACACUUAUAUACCACCACAAAAAGUAGUUAACAUUAACACCAAUACCAAUACCUAUGACAAUUCCAAGCCCAUAACAGUUGAGAAAGUCAUAACGACUGCCUACAAAACUCCCGAAAAGGUUGUGACAACACACACCGGCUCCUACAUUGAGUCCCAUGACAAUGGCAAGACCAUAACUAACACCUAUAAAGGACAGCAACCACAACCUUUCACUCAAGUCAACAAAGAGAAGGUCAUAGAAAAGGUAACUAGUACGUAUGUGAGCAACAAUGAGUAUCAGAAAAGAAAACCCGAACAUCAGCAACAAAUAACGACAGUGACAAAAACCGAAACAAAUCUAUCGCAAAAUAAACAAAAUGUAACUCCCCGUCCCACUUCUUCCCCAUUCCAUACACAGAAUACUGACAACUUUUGCCCGUGUCUAGCUGAUAAGGCUCAUUCAUCCAAAACCUCAACUUCCUCCACCUCUUCCCAUUCCAACAAUGGUUUCUCCACAUCACAGCACAGCAAUCCUUCCUCUUCCUCCUACUCAAACAGCAACAAUUUUCAACAACAAUUCACGACUAAUGGCGGUAUCGCUGGCCAAACACACUUUGGUAGCAUAAUGAGUUCGAUGGCACUUUUGCAACAGAUUCCUGUGGUCCCUCAUGUACCCGGUUAUCCAGCAUUCUAUGCCCCUGAUAAAAUUCCUCAGGGAGCCAUAGUCGCCUUUAUGCCCGUCAUCAUAUUGCCCGAAGCGGCCUAUGCCAAAUGCGACGAGAACACCAAACAGUUUUCAAGUGAACACAUUCAAAAUCCAUUGGGAGUGCAACCCGCAUCAAUUCCUUUCGGAUUUAAUCUAAACUCAGUCUUCCCCAAUGGUGCUAAGAAAGAUCAGUGCAUGUGCCCCUGCUCAUGCACCCAAAACAUUCCCGAACAUAUUCACACAAAACGUGAAACGGAUAAUGUUGAUGCACCUGCUAAUCCUACUAGCACCAAUGACGCGACCGAAGAGACAAAAAUUGAUAGCAAAGUGAAUGAAAAUGACAAGCAGACUACAGCAGAGAGCAAGGAAAUCGAAACGACUGCAACAGUAACGACAACUGUAGCCGAACCCGCAAAGGCGGCUGUAGUGGCCGAAGACGAGAAAAAACAAUAAACGACGUUUGAGUGAAUUUUCCCGUUCAAUAAAUCCCGAUUUCCAAAUCCCGUCUCCUCCCAACUCCUGUAUCCUGUAUGUCUACCGAUCCUGAUCCUCAUAUCCCAAUGCGAUUAUCUACUAACUCAAAUGAUAACAAACAAAUGACCAUUGUAAUGUGUUCGCUUUUUUUAAUUAAUUCUUAUCACUACCUAAUGUAUUUUAUUAUGUACGUAUUUUUGUAUUUGUUACUAAAAUUGUUAAAUGUUCUCCUCUCUCUCUCUCCACACACUCACACAUACCACUCUAUACUCAAAUGAAUGAAAUAAUAAUAUUGAUAUUAACGAUAAUCCUGCACGUCUAUUGAUUAAUAUUCUCUUAUUAUUUGAUUUGUGAAAUGUUGUUCAUUAUUGUCUACUUUUAUGUAUUUUUAAAUAUUAUUUUUAUUUUGUUUUAUUAUGAUCAUUAUCAUUUUUUUUUUAAUUUCUAGUUAAUAGUGUUUAUUUAAUACAAAAAAAAGAAAAACAAAAAAUUGUUUUAUUAAUAAAUGAAAAUGGAAUGUUCUUUGUUAACUUUAUUUAGAUAUUCCACUUUCAAUUUAAACGAAAAAUUUAAAAAAAAUAAUAAUAAAAUUGAAAAUUAUCAAAUUUGAAAAAAUAAAAUAAUAAAA